AUGAAGUCCUUCAUCGCCAUCUCCUCCGCCAUCCUGGCCAGCCUCAAUCUCGCCGCCGCUGUCCCAGCACCCGCAGCAGAGGCAGUCUCGGUCUCAGUUUCCUACGACCCAGUGUACGAUGUUGCCGGCUCAUCUACGAACACAGUUGCCUGCGGCAGUGUUCUCAACCAAAAGUAUCCCACAUUCGGCUCGCUGCCAGGUUUCCCUCACAUCGGCGGUGCUCUCGCCGUCUCGGGCACCGGUAGCCCUAACUGUGGCAAGUGCUACCAGCUGCACUUCUCUGGCAAUGGAGUCGAUAAGACCAUCACCGUUCUGGGGAUCGACACCGCUCCUGGGGGUUUCAACAUUGGCCUCCGGGCCAUGAACGACCUCACCAAUGGUCAGGCUGAGCAGCUCGGUCGUGUCCAGGCUACCUACACCGAGGUUGAUAUCUCGCAGUGCGCGUAA